AUAUACGCAAUGUAAUCGUGUAAACACGGCAGAUGCGUGACCCAGAUGGAUUAAAUAUUGGUGAUCAAAUUAUCAAUUCGUCACCAUAUACAAAAGCAAAAACAAAAAAAAACAUAUACUACUAACAUCAGCAUCACCACCUUCAACAUCAACAGAAUUAUAAUAAUUAUAACCAUAAUAAUCAACAUAUUAAUUGAUGACUGAUAUCUCACGUCGGAUCUAUACCCAAGUUAAAUUCGAACCUGUCACCUAAAGAUUGCAGCGGUCUUUAUUCUGGAAAGAUGGUUGGUUCGGUACGCAAGUCAAUCUUCAAUUAUGAAGCUAAAGACUUUUCAUCAUAUUUUGUUGAUGAAACAGAUUUUGCAUAUCCAGAUGAUAUAUAUGGAUUUAUCAAUAAUGCACCACCUUUUUCUUCUGGUUCAGAACCAUCUGAAGAUAGUCAAGCUUGCCCGUGUAAAACCCCAUGCCGUCCCUAUGGUCGCUGCUAUAGGUUUCGACAUUUAUGUUUCAAAAUUGUCAGGAUUUCAUUUCGUGUGUUGCUGUUUAUGUUUAUUUUUGCACUCAUCUUCAUUGGUAGUUACUUCUGCCAUUCCUGUCCAGGACAAGUUUUCGUGCCAGUAUUCACCAUAAUAAAUGGUUGCACCUUGUCACUCUUCAUAAUGUAUUCCUUAUUCAACUAUUUCACCUUAGAUAAAGAAAUCCGCUUUUUCACAGACAUAAGGUACAAGAAACGGUUCAAAGUGCUGGGUGACAUAAUCUCUCUGUUUUACUUCAUAUGGAUCAUCGUAGGAAGUAUCUCAGUGUUCAAGUUUAACAAAGUCGUGGAAGUAAAGGACAUCACAUCAGAAUAUUAUUGCCACCCACAUAUUUUCUUUUUUACCUUUUGGUACCUCAUAGUCUUGUAUGGAAUUGUGGGUAGUAUACUAGUCAUAGGCAUAUGUGGGAUUUGCAUAAAAAACACAUACACUUAUGCCAUAGCAACACCAUCUGUUACUGAAGUGGUUUAAUCUGCUAAUCCAAAAGAUAUAUCAAUUCUUAACACAUCUACAAGGUGUCUCAUUUUAGGGGCAGCUUACACUGAUUUAAAGAUUAACCACAGCUACCUAACAGGUGCUUAAGUUUUCUCAGUGAAAGCACUUCGCUUUGUGGUUAGAGUACUUGGCUCACAUUCAUAUGGUCAGGAGUUCAAUUCCCAGCAGUGUGUCAUGUCCUUGAGCAAGACACUUCAUUUCAUAUUACUCCAGUCCGCUCAGCUGACAAAAAUGAGUUACACCUGUCACUCAAAUGAUGAAAUCUUGUCACAUCCUGUGUGUCAUACUGAAUCACCUGAGAAUUACUUGAAGGGUACGUGUGUCCAUGGAGUACUCAGCCACUUGCUUGUUAAUUUCAUGAGCAGGCUGUUCAGAUUAACUGGAACACUUGUCAUCAUAACCAACAGAACAAAAAGCAGAUUUUAUCAAAACACAUUUUGUCCCAAGCUUGAGCAAUUUUGCUAAUCCACUGCCCUUGUUCAUUUUGCUAAAUUAAAAUGUCUGUUGUGGAUAAUCUGUUGGAUUAUCAUCUUAUGAGGGUUUUAGCUUCAAAUUUGCUGCAGACAUUUGUGUAUUUGGGCAAAAGUACACUGAAUUCUUUUUUUUUUCUUUGUUUGUCACGGCUUCCUCAAAGCACAGGAGCAAGCAUUUUCAAAAGUGUACGGUCAACAGGUGUACGGUCAACACUGACUAACAGAGAAGCUAAAAGAAUAGAAAUGGUCUCUUCAACAGGCUUCCACACACUUUCUAUCUACCAAAUUUUAUUUACAAGACUUUGUUAACCUAUGACUGUGCUUAAAGACACCUUUUCAAAAGAGUCGCAUCAGAUCUGAGAAUAUAAAGUUGCAAAAUAAACUGUUAUGCAACAAUAAUGGCACUCCAGCCAUGUCUGGACCCCUAAAUUACACAGCUACCGUUUUUAGAGUGAAAAGCUAAUUCUACCUCAUAAAAAAACAACCAAAGGCAGUGACUUGGCAGUCAUUAGAAUAUUGGACAGAACACCUUGUAGAGUUUUUUCUGAAUCUAUGUGUUCUGAGUUCACAUCCUACUGAGUCCAACUUUGCUUUACCACUUUCCAGGAGUUGAGGAAAAAGCACCAAUCCAGAGGAUUGUCUUAGCAGACGUAUGAGACAGUAGAGUGGGAUACUCUGCAGCAUCUGCUCAAAUUCUUCUGCAUUUUGACAGCAAUACCUUUUGCUAAGCGGUAUGAGCCCAAGUUGGUGGCCAUUCUCUUAGAUAAACACCUGAGGUGUGGAAUGAGGAGACUUGCAUGGCCAAAUGCCAGUCUUCUGCAAAACAAUCUUAGCCAUAUUUGUAUAUAC